UCUCUCUUCUCUCUCUCUCUCUCUCCAAUGUCCAUUUCCUGAAAUUUUCUACUCACACUCUCCCGAUUCGCCUUCGCCCGCACUUCACCAACACUCCUCGCCGCUCGCUCCCGUCGCUUUCCGAAUCCCGCCCGAAGAAGAACGGCCUCUUCGCGACGGGAUUGCGUCACCACCCUCUCCAAUCUCCGCCUCGAGAUCGCUCCAUGAUUUGAGCUGUACACGUGCGGACUCCGUCCCCUCCCUCGCGUCCCCUUUCUUUCCCUCCGUCGCUCUCGUUGCGUGCGCUCGGCGCGCGAUUCCGACGUUCCGGCGACUGAUUCUUGCAUUGUCGCGGUUUUACAGGUUCUUUUCUUUUCUUUUCUUUUUUUUAAUCCGUUUUGGCGGUGCGAUGGCGUUGAAGCGAGGAGCAUCCGGCGUCGGGAUCUGUCGGAGCAGGAGCGGGGGAUCGCGGCUGGUUCUCGUCGUGCUCGCCUUCUUCUGUGUGCUCUCGCCGCUGCUUUUCUACUUCGGCAAAGGCCUCCACGCCGGCUCCGCUCACGGUGAUGAUGAUACCUCAAAUGGUUCAGGCAAGGAGAAUAUUGAUUGGCGAGAGAGGAUGGCAUUGCAACAUCUUUCAUCUCUUUUUUCUAAAGAGGUACUUGACGUCAUCACGUCCAAUAUAGAUGAUUCAAAUCCUUUAAGUCUUGAUAGUUUCAGAAAAAGCAACAUGUCUGCGUCAUGGAAUAUAGAUGGAGCACAGGCAUCAUUUGAGAAUAAGCCUAAGAAGUCAGCUGCCGAUAUGAAACAACAAACACCAAAGGGCAUGGUGAAUGAUUCUUCAGAUGAACAAUCACAAUUUGUGGAUUCACCUGCAAAGCUUGCUCGUAGGCAACUUAGAGAGAAAAGACGUCUAAAGCGUGCGGCUGAGUUGGUGCAACAAGACGAGGAAGUAACAGUUAAACUUGAAAAUGCUGCCAUUGAAAGAUCCAAGUCAGUUGACUCUGCUGUUUUGGGAAAGUAUAGCAUUUGGAGGAAAGAGAACGAGAAUGAGAACACUGAUUCAACCAUACGGUUUAUGCGGGACCAAAUGAUAAUGGCAAGGGUGUAUUUAACCAUUGCAAAGAUGAAAAACAAGCUUGACUUAUACCAAGAAUUGCAAACUCGAAUCAAAGAAAGUCAGCGUGCUUUAGGGGAGGCAAGUGGUGAUGCUGAUCUGCAUCACAGUGCACCUGAGAGAAUGAAGGCUAUGGGCCAAGUUCUGUCGAAAGCUAGAGAGCAGUUGUAUGAUUGCAAAUUAGUCACUGGAAAACUGAGAGCUAUGCUGCAAACAGCAGAUGAACAAGUUAGAAGUUUGAAAAGGCAGAGCACAUUCCUUAGUCAACUGGCUGCUAAAACAAUUCCAAAUGCAAUUCACUGUUUGUCUAUGCGUUUGACCAUUGAAUACUAUCUGCUCUCUCCUAAGAAGAGAAAGUUCCCUAGAAGUGAAAACUUGGAAAACCGUGAUCUUUACCACUAUGCUCUCUUCUCUGACAAUGUUUUGGCUGCAUCAGUAGUUGUCAACUCGACUGUUAUGAAUUCAAAGGAUCCUUCAAAACAUGUGUUCCAUCUUGUUACUGAUAGACUUAACUAUGGGGCAAUGAACAUGUGGUUUCUGCUAAAUCCUCCUGGAAAAGCAACGAUCCAUGUUGAGAAUGUUGAUGAGUUUAAGUGGCUUAACUCAUCAUAUUGCCCAGUUUUGCGUCAACUGGAGUCAGCUGCAAUGAAAGAAUAUUAUUUUAAAGCAGAUCAUCCGACCACACUUUCAUCAGGGUCUUCCAAUCUCAAGUAUCGGAACCCGAAGUAUCUCUCAAUGCUUAACCAUUUACGGUUCUAUCUUCCACAGGUCUACCCUAAGUUGGAUAAAAUUCUUUUUCUUGAUGAUGAUAUUGUUGUCCAGAAGGACUUGACUGGAUUAUGGUCAGUUAAUCUGCAUGGGAAAGUAAAUGGCGCUGUGGAAACCUGUGGUGAGAGCUUUCAUCGUUUUGACAAGUACCUGAACUUUUCGAAUCCUCACAUUGCGAGAAACUUUGACCCAAAUGCUUGUGGAUGGGCUUAUGGCAUGAACAUGUUUGAUCUUAAGGAGUGGAAAAGGAAGGAUAUCACUGGCAUAUAUCACAAGUGGCAAAAUAUGAAUGAAGAUAGGGUUCUUUGGAAGCUUGGAACACUGCCGCCAGGGUUGAUCACAUUUUACGGGUUGACGCAUCCUCUUGAUAAGUCAUGGCAUGUGCUUGGUCUAGGUUACAACCCAAGUAUUGAUCGCUCAGAGAUUGAUAAUGCAGCCGUGAUUCAUUACAAUGGAAAUAUGAAACCAUGGCUCGAGUUAGCCAUGACAAAGUAUCGACCGUACUGGACCAAGUACAUAAAAUACGAUCAUCCCUAUCUGCGGACCUGCAACUUGAGUGACUGAACAUGGCAAAGAAAUCCAAGGUACAGUUGAAUGCUCUCUCUACUUCAGGGUAAAGGAUUACUACCAUUUUCUAUGCCUGAGAAGGGAUUAAGAUUCUGUUGAUGCUGGGGUUUCUUCUUUUCCACAUUGUUUAAAUUGCUUCACGAUUCAUUGAAUUCAUUCUCACUGUCCCUUACCCGUUGAAUGUUGGUCAUGUUGAACAUCCCACUUGACCUGUAAGACCUCACUGAUAUAGUCCAUCCAGCACAAUGCCUAACAUGGGGUGUAAUGAACAAAUACUUCACAAUCCUUGUGAUUGAAUUGGAAAACUCGCUUUAUUCUUUAGACGUUUGUUAGUUCUGAGGGAUCAUGUAAAAGUCGUUAGACUUGUUUGGUUUCCUGUUGUC